AACGAGUAACUUCCGGCCAGGCCGCUGUCUGAGUGGCGCGGCCGGGUCCUCUCGGGUCUCGCAGCUCCUUUCUUCCACGGCCGUCCCCCCGCCUCGUGCGGGGGGUUGGGCGGCCGCGGGAGGCCACUCAGACCUUCCCGGUGCCCGCGGUUCGUUCCGCGCCGUGGCUGUGCGCGCGGGGGCCCGGGGUCUGCGGGGCUGCGGCCUACCCGGGCCCGCCGCCCGGCUCCAUGAGGCACAGCUUGGCCAAGCUGCUGGCAGCCUCGGGCCGCGGCUUGUCGGGCCCCUGCGACAGCCCGGAGCCUCCAGCCUCGCGCGCACCGCCCCGGAACCCGACAGCGGCGGCCGCGGGGGCGGAGACGUCAAGGUCCGGAUCGCCUGACCGCGAGCUGCGGCUUGGCGACGGGGGCGAGCCGGAGGCCGGGAGCGGGAGCCGCCGCAGCGUGGCCGUGCGCGCGCCCGCGCCCUCGCCCUCGCCAGUGAAGAUGGAGGAGGAAGAGGAGGACGCGAUCGCCAUGGUCCCAAAGGAGGAGCCGGAGGAUAUGGACUUUCUCUCUGGGCUGGAACUGGCCGAUCUGCUGGACCCUCGGCAACCGGACUGGCACCUGGAGCCCGGACUCAGCUCGCCUGGGCCCCUGUCCUCGUCCGGCGGAGGCUCGGAUAGCGGCGGCCUGUUGAGGGGGGACGAAGACGACGAGAGCGCGGCUGCCGAGAUGCAGCGCUUCUCUGACUUGCUGCAGAGGCUGUUAAACGGCAUCGGAGGCUGCAGCGGCGGCGGUGACCGCGGCAGCGCGGAAAAGAGGCGGAGGAAGUCCCCGGGAGGAGGCGGUGGCACCUCCGACAGCAACCCAGCAGCCACCAAGAGUCCUCGGAAGGCGGCGGCGGCCGCCGCCCGGCUUAAUCGGCUCAAGAAGAAGGAGUACGUGAUGGGGCUGGAGAGUCGAGUCCGGGGACUGGCCGCCGAGAAUCAGGAGCUGCGGGCCGAGAAUCGGGAGCUGGGCAAACGCGUGCAAGCACUGCAGGAGGAGAGUCGCUACCUACGGGCCGUCCUGGCCAACGAGACGGGACUGGCUCGCCUGCUGAGCCGGCUGAGCGGCGUGGGACUGCGGCUGACCACCUCGCUCUUCAGAGACUCGCCCGCCGGUGACCACGACUACGCCCUGCCGGUGGGGAAGCAGCCGCCGGAGCUGCUGGAAGAGGACGACGCGGCAGGAGGAGUGUGUCUCCAUGUGGACAAGGAUAAGGUGUCGGUGGAGUUCUGCUCGGCGUGCGCUCGGAAGGCGUCGUCUUCUCUUAAAAUUUUCUUUUUUAGGUGAUUUCCUUCCUGCCAGGCUCCGUUGUAGGGGUUACAGAACAGUCGUUCCCGCCUCACAACCUGGUAAGGAUCCAUCUCUUCACGUAACGCUCAUGCUCUGCUGCUUAGUCUACUUUAAUGGGCAUCAUCUCAAUUUGUGUGUGUGUGUGAUAUAAUUUUUUUGUUUGUUUCUUACUUUUUUUUUAAAAGAUGGGAGGGAAUCUUAAUUUGGGCCCUGUCCACCCUGGAAACAGACUUGUGCUGGUCAAUAAUGUACUUUUAAAGUUGCUUCUGGUUGAACUAGCUGUCAAAUGUGUCCCCUUGUUCAGAGUUGCGUGUACCUAGCUCUUCUGUCCCCAGUGUGGACAUGGCCUUGGAUGACAUCGGUUCCAACUGUACACUGAAACCUGCUAAUAGAGAUACAGUUUGGAGACAGUGAAUCAGGUGAAGUUGAAUGGAAGUUCCGAGUUGUACAAGGUGCAAAUUGGAAUUCCAAUUGUAGAGCAACUUUUCAGAGGUUGACAAUAAGUAUUUGAGGCAUGCAUAAAUGUGGGUGUGUUUCUGGAGAUGACAAAUCUCUUAAAAUACUUAAGAAUGCCUUCUAAUUUUCAAUAGAAAAUAGAGAAAAACAGUCUAUAUAAGAUCCCAUUAUUUCAUCACUUGAGAAGUUGGAAGUUAACAUACCCAUCAGAUUUCUGUGUUUUAAUUAGAGGAAGAAUGAUUAAUGAACUGUUUGAGGACCAGCACAGUAAUUACCUAAGUAUGAAGAAAUUGUUGAAAGCAUUUAUUUUUGUUGUAUUAAAAUUUAGGCUAAAUUUGUGUAUGAUUAGAUAUUGAAGGUUGUGAAAUGUGAAUGAAAACAUGUAAAGUGAGGCUUCACAAAGAAUCUUAUUUUCCAUAUGUCUAAAACUUUUGUGUUUUUAAAAUUAAAUAGUUCUGGCCACUUAAUGAUAUAUAUGAUUGAGGCUGUUUUCCAAAGAUGGAAAAUAUUCUUCCCUUGAAAUACUGUUUAUUGUCCACUUGUCUAAAUCUUUGUUAUGAUGUCUUGAAGUGCAAGAGACACUAAAUUCUUUGUGAAACAUCACUGUUUGAUAAAGGAUAUACGUAUUUAGCAUCCUUGUUUUUCUUUGUGCUAAAGUGGAUACAGCUGUUGGGGCAGAAGAGACGGGACCAGCUGCUGGCCACAUUUCCUGCUUUAUUUUAAAAGGUAGUAUAAGAAAUAAGGAAAAAGAGGUAAUAUCAGGGCUUCUGCUGUCUUUUAUUUUUAAAAUGUUCAUAAGUAUUUUCCAGCAGUCCAAAGAUGUAAGUUAUCUUACACGUAAGAUGUCUUAUUUUGUUAUUUGGUUAUGGAAAUGGAUUCUUGUUCUUGCACAACUAACUGUAAAUGUUUUGUUGUUAGAUAAUGAUUUGAGACCUAAAUUAAGUCUCUGGUUUUCAGUAUAUCACAUUUUGUAAAGUUAUCCACUGCACUUGAGCAUGAAUGGGUAGUAGCCAAACUCUCACAACAUGGAGUAAUGGACCUGCUUCUACAAGGGCAGGAACAAGCCCCCACAAUGCAGCUGCAUGGAUUUUAGUGCCUACUGAAAUAUAUAUACAUAUAUAGAAACCAAAAGUAGUUGGAAACUUAUUUGAAAUGACUAAUUUGUGCUCUUUCUGAAAUAUGUUAAAUGUAGCUUUUGAAACAGAAGCCUUGAAUUGAAAUUUAAUACUUGAACAUUUUUGUAUAUAUUUCUUUGUAUAUAAUUUUGUGCAGUACCGAUAACAAAAAUAUGGUGUCAUAAUAAAAUCAGGUUUGUUGAUCUUUCAGUUAUGGGCUCAAAAGAAUUUAUUCAUCUUUAACAUGACAUUGGAAAGUAGUGGAUAAAACUAGGAAAAUGAUUGUUGGUAAUACAGACUGUGGUCUUAAAAGAUUCUGAAAGCAGUAAGUUUGUUUUUCUAAAAAUUACACCAUUUCCGUGGAAUAUUUUCUUAACAUCUGUGCUUUUCUCCUACAUUUGAGGGGUGGUGGGUUUGGGGAGAAUCAGUUUCUGGAUUGGGAUAUUUUGAAAUUCCAAGUACAGACUUUUAGAAUGUCAUUUUAUAAAUGACAGUUUAGAGAAUUAAGAGCUCUUGACAGUGGCAAGAUUAGAAUGGCCUAAUUUUUAAAUCUGCUUUGUUAGGUUCCGUAUGUUUUAUUAACUGUCUUUUCUGUUUUCAUUUCAUUGUUUCUUUUCUAGUUAUGGUGACAGUAGUGUUUUUUUGUUUUGUUUUGUUUUGUUUUUUUUCAUCAACUCAUGGUCUUGUUUUUACAUGGUAACUGCAUGUAUUUAGGACCUACCAGGGGCUUGAAAUAAAUUUUUAUCAUAUUGAUGUGUAAGCACAUUUUACUGUAAAUGUUUGGGUUGCUCAGUUUACAACAGUUGUUUAUUUCAGUGUGUAGUAAAUAGUGUCUUAAAGUGUCCUGUUCACUACUUGUUAAUUAAAAAAGUUAUGAUUAAUGUAAAACUGUCGUCUUACUAUUUUUAGAAAUUGUGUUGUAAAUAAUUAGUAUUUGGAUAGAGAGUUCUGGAAUAUAAAGUAGAUUUCAGGUUUGGAUGUAUUUAAUGUGAUGGUUGAGAACAAUUUAGUAUUUGGGGAACUAUUUCAGGUUUUAUUCCUGAUUUGUACCUGUGUGGUAAAAAAUGAUGGAAAACCUAAAGAUAUAGCUUUUUAAUACCUGUCUUCCUAUGGUAGUCAAUAUUCAUACAUUAAUUAACUAACACAUAUUGGCAUAGUAGUUCUAUAGUAGUGACUUAAGUUUUAUCCUUUUUAACCAGGCUUAACUAAAAAGUACAUGUUUGUUAAAAAUGUAGUCACACCUCUGAUAUAUCCAACAAAGUAUUCAAAAUAUUUUAAAUAUCUGUGCAUUUUAUACUCGCUAAAUUAAUCUCUUUCUCUUCUCUUUAAACAGCUUAGCAGUAUCUGCAAAAACGAAUCUUUUCCUACAACCCGUUAACUGACUGGACUGAUGGUAACAGUAAUUGUGGGAGCCAUGUCGGUCAAAAAUUUGGCAUCUGCUGCAAAACAUGAAUGCCAUUUCCAAGUUCCCAAAUUACUUCUAUACUGAUUACACUUUCCAGAAAUGGAGAUAUGAAAAGAUUCUCUGGAAUGCUUGAAAGACUUAAUAGAAAUCCAUGAGACUAAGUUAAUUAUGGAACAAAAUUACAUCUUUUUACUUUCAUGGCAGUAACACUAAAUUUAUUACAUAUUUUUUUAAAAACAUGUAACCAUUAGAGAAGAGAAUUAUAGUGUUUUAUCAAAAAAAACACUAGAUUUUUACAUAAUAAAGAACAUUCUGUGGAAUUAGAUUUAGUGGGUUAGAGUGACAUAAAUAGGCUAGCAGUGAUCACACAACUUAUGGGUUUGCAUUUAUGGAAUGUAAAGAGCUGCUUUGGAAGACAGACACCUUGCUUAGUAAAAUAAAGUCCUCAACGUAAAGAGUAGUAUUUUUAAAUAGAUGUAUUGAUUGUAUGUUUUUAAAAAGUGACUAUGAUAAUGUGUGGGUGGUAUUGCAAUUUAGGGUAUGCGCUUGUAUGCAGUCUCAGAUAUGGCAUGUUGAACAUUCUGAGUACUUGAUCCUGUUUGAAUGUUUUGAGGUUUCUGAUGAAUGACAGUUUCUACUGUUAAAAUUUCUGUAGUGUUCUGUAAGGACCUUCAUAUUUUGAUUGAUAAUGGCUUAUUUCAUAUUUCAAGUAAAAAAACCACUCAACCCAAUCAUUUUUUCAUUAUUGUUGCAUUAUCUAACAUAUUUUUCAUCUGAUCUAGAUUGUCAUAUUUUUUGCCUCAUUUGGGAAAUAUGCAGAUAGAAGAGAGAGUUGAUAAGAAGUAGUGUUAUUAUACUGUAAUUGUAAGAUACUCAGAAUUCAUUCAAGUCCUCUCUUGUAUUCACUUAUGUGUUCAGUGUCCAUAAAGCUAGAAAGUAAAGAGAAUUCCCACAGGCUUAUAUUUAAAGUAGCAGAUGCUCCUACAGUACAGAUGAUCCACUGUUACUUUGGAAUCAAGAUGCAAUGAGGAUAAUUCACUAAUAACUUGUACCUUAAUAACACACAGUUAUGUGGUUGAGAUAUUUUGAAGGUAGAGAUCAAGUGCUCACAGAUGAGUUAAUUUGUGUAACUAAAUAAAACAGUGAUUCUUCAACGUUCAA